UAUCUAUAUAUGUAUCGACAUUGAUAUCGAUAUGAAACAAACAAAAAUACUGAAAUUACAAUUCGAAGUCUGGAGCUUUUCCACUGCUAUAGCUUCAUAGCUCAUGAUGCUCAGAACACAACGUGAUUGGGUUUGACAAACGCUUUAGCAAUUGUGGUUGCACUGAAUGCUCUGUAAUUUCUGGGAAAUUGGUCUCACUAAACAUGAUAUGGUCAAGGCUAAGUAGGAGAACCCAUCUCCCGUUAUAUGUUAGGGGUUUGCAAAAUGCCUUUCCUGAAUCUAGGUUCCUAUCUAUUGUUCCUGAAGGACCAACUUACAAAUUCAUUAAUUCUACUACUGGAUACCAGCAUUAUUUCACAUGUAAUAUACAUAUAUCAAAGAUAAAGCAGGAAUUGAGUACAAAGUCAUUCCAUCAGUGUUACCGCUCUUUAGCUUUUUCUUCACGGAAUGUUGGAAGGUCAUGUUCCAUGCCUGGUUUUCGACACUUCUCAUCUCAUGCAUCCAAAGAGCAGAAAUCACAAAAGAUGCUUUUAUAUCUCACAGGCUUGGUUUUUGUGAUGGUUGGAUGCACAUAUGCUGCAGUUCCCCUUUACAGAAGAUUUUGCCAAGCAACUGGCUAUGGAGGAACUGUUACCCGGCGUGAGACUGUUGAAGAAAAGAUUGCACGGCAUGAUAGCAAUGAAACAGUGACCAAAAGGGAAAUUGUGGUACAGUUCAACGCUGAUAUUGCUGAUGGCAUGCCAUGGAAGUUUGUUCCUACACAGAGAGAGGUUAGGGUCAAGCCCGGAGAAAGUGCCCUUGCAUUUUAUACUGCUGAAAACAAAAGUUCUACUCCGAUAACUGGUGUGUCUACAUAUAAUGUCACUCCCAUGAAGGCUGCAAUAUACUUCAACAAAAUACAAUGCUUCUGCUUUGAGGAGCAGCGACUGCUUCCUGGAGAGCAGAUUGACAUGCCUGUAUUCUUUUAUAUUGACCCAGAAAUUGAGACAGAUCCUAGAAUGGAUGGUAUCAAUAACAUAAUAUUAUCAUAUACUUUCUUCAAGGUUUCUGAAGAGUAAGACCAAAUUAAAUGUUCACUUGAGAUUGAAGUGACAAGGUCCCUCUGUUUCAAAGCGUAUUAGAUGCCUAGCACAUCCUUGAAGCUCAAGUUGUGUGACACUUGAUUUUAUGACUGAUGAAGGACUACAAUUCAUUUUUCUAAUUUGUUUCACCCAACAUUCUAAGUAAAGACAAGGUUACUUAUCCUGUAUGUAUGCCUCGUUUUUGGCUGUUUCCAGCAUAUUCCUAUAAAACAAUUGUGAUUAGCUUGUUGAAUUUAAUAAUAUCAUGAACACAAUUAUUUGUCAUUAAUAAUCAA